AUCGAACUACUGACGCGACGCCCGAGAAUGGAGUGUGUGACGUGUCCAAGAAAACAAUAACUGAAUAAGCUAAAUCUGAAACUUAGUAUAGCUAAGCUUUUAAUUUGUGUUUGGUAUUCUCUAUUUUCAUUUUCACGAUGUCAGAAAAAGUGAAUGUUGAAGGACUUGUUAGUAUUGUCAGUGAUGAUUCAAUCAAAUCCUUGUUGUCUUUACCUUUGAAACGUUCCUCAGAAAAGCAAAAUCCUGAAUCAACAGAAAAUAAGCUACAAAGGUGUAAUGAUUCAGCAUGUAUUAGGAAAAGUGUACUGAAAGAAAACAUUCAAAAUGUGUCUCCAGUGAUAUCCAAAGAUUCUCUUCUGAACAGUGAAGUGUUUAAAUAUCCAUUGCGAGAAAUAACCAAUGUUUCACAAUCAUCCUGUCACAAUGAACUGUUAUCCAGUAAUGGUAAAAAUCACCAAAAUUUGCUCAACCAAGAUAAUGAGCACCAGACUCCAAGAACAAAUGAACCUGAAAGUGAAGAACUUGGAUCUCCAAGUUCCAUUUUUUGUAUGUUUGCUUCAUUGGCUGCAAGUCGAGCAGUGAAUGUAAACAGCCUUGAGGAAAACUUGGAACAAUCAAAACAAGAUGCUGCUGCUUGUACUGAAAAUAAUGAGAACAAUGAAGCAGAGAGUCUUGACAGCAAAAAAACAGGAAAUCGUAAAGAAAAAUCUUUGGGCUUGUUGUGUCAGAGAUUUUUAAUGCUGUUUCCAGAAAACCCAGAUUCCUCAAAAGAAACUAUUUUCUGUCUUGAUGAUGUUGCAGAAGCAUUAGGAGUUGAAAGGAGGAGGAUUUAUGAUAUUGUCAAUGUACUAGAAAGCAUAAAAAUGAUGACAAAAGUAGCCAAAAACCGAUACCAGUGGUUUGGUAAAACCUGUCUGAAGUCCACUCUAGGCAUGUUGAAGAAAAAAGCUGAGCAAGAGAAAUUAGCAGAACGAAUUGGCCUAGUUCGAGACAUGGAAAUGAAACAACUUUUGGUGGAUUGUUCAUUAUUAAAAACUGAACUGACUGAUGCAAUGGAUAAAACAGAUUCUAUAGAACGUGUAGAAGAAAGUACUUCUGUGUUGCGUAGGGAGAAAUCCUUGGGUGUAAUGAGUCAACGAUUUUUGAUGGUCUUCCUUGCCUCUUCUCCCAGAUUUGUUGAUUUAGACAUUGCAGCUAGAGUCUUGAUUGGCAAUCCUAAGGUGAAAGUAAAGGAAUCAGCAAAGUUUAAAACUAAAGUUAGGCGACUGUAUGAUAUUGCUAAUAUUCUGAGCAGCUUAGGCCUUAUUAAGAAAAUGGAAUCAACUAAGUCAAAAGGAAGGAAGAGAGUUUAUCAGUAUAUAGGACCAGAACCAGAAGCUUGUCUUGGGUCUGAAGUACCUAUGAGGUCUAGUCUUCCACGUACAAAGAGUGACAGUGUAAGUUUUUAUAAACCAAAGAAAGAGCCUUCAUAUGUCCCCCAUUCUCUGGUUCGGCAUGCCUCAUUGCAGGAUAUAUGUGAAGUGGCUGAGAUUGAGAGACAAAAACUAUACUCUUCACUGCCUUCUACACCUUCAAAUGGAUCUUUAGACUCUUUCUCCUUCUCUCUUUCAAAUGAUGGAUUUGAGUUUUCCUCUGAACACUCAGAAAGUGGAACAGAAGCUACAAGCUACAAUUUAACAGAAGUUUCUGAGAAACCAGGCACCGAUUGCAAAACCCAAGUAUUGUCAACCAGAGAAGUCCAAUCUUCUUUAACGUGUAGUGAGGUAAACAAGGUUUCUGAAGUAUGUAAUUCCAAGAAACAAGAUCAAAUAGUUCUUCUGACACCUGUGCAGUGGGAUUCUAUUUUGAGAAUUUUUAAUGACCCCCAAAGCUCACAACAGAUAGCUUAUAUUCGAGUAGCUGGAAAUUCUCAAACAUCAAGAGGAACUGUAAAAUUAAAAGUCAUAACAUCUUCAAGCUCUACUGCAGUUUCAUCGCCAUCUUCAGCAGAACACUGUGGGAAGGUGCCUAUGGUACAAGAAAAGGCAUUCGUCUCUCAGUCAAGUAAUAAAUCAUGUGUAUCCGACUAUUCUCAACCAUUUCCAGCUCAAACUUCAGGUGUAAUUGAGAUAACUUCUCAGAAUUUAUCACAAGCUGCAAGCAAUCACACAGGUGCACCAACUGUUCUUUUAAGCCAAACACAGAUGAGUUCAAAGAUGAAUGAGUCAUCAAUGUUGAACACUCCUUCGAACAACAGUUAAGUGCAAUAUCUACCCCCCCCCAUUAAUGUGUAAAGUUUUAGUUAAUGUGUUUGUGAAAGUGCAUUUCCCAUAGUCACUUUAAAGUUUUUAAAAUCUGUUUUAACAUUAGUCAUACAUUCCCUCAUCCACUUUGUGAACUUUUUUAGGGUUAGACAAAUUUCAACUUAUAUUUUCCUCCAUAGAUCUCUUGAGAAUUUUGGGUUAAUAUAAAAUAUUUUUAUAUAGUUUACCUGUAGAUUAGGAUAGUUUAUUGCUGUUAAUGGGUUUGUAACAAGGCUACUUGAAAUACCAACAUGUAUUUUGAUGCUUUUUAACACUACUUAUUAAGUCACAGAUUAGCUAAUACCCUCUUCCUAUUUGAUUGACAUGGAUUCUUCAUAACUUGAAAAUGUUACAGUAAACUCUUUAAUUAUUGGCAAACAUUACAACUUUUAGAAACUUGUACUGCCUGUUACAGUGACAGAAAUGAAAUACCAUUGUUUUAUGUAUUUUAUUUUUUCAACUUUUAAUUCAACUCCCAGACUAUAUCUUUAAUACACACACAAGGUAUGACUGAGGUGAUUUUUGUUUUUAAAAUGUAUUUUUUUUACAUGUCUUUAGAUCUAUAUGAAAGUACAACGUAGGAUUUCGUUAGGUUUUGAGAAUAUUGUAUCUUCACAUUCAUGCUUUUGUGUUUAUGACAUCUGGUAAGGAUAGUUGAGGAAAUUAAUUCAAAGUAUCUACAGAUAGAAAACAUGCAAUAAAUUUACUUUCCUUUAUUGUGAACAUUUUCAUUGUAAGAGAGAAAAUGUAUAGUGAAAUGAACAACAUCAAAUCACUGAAAAUAGCUGUUGUAGGAUGAUAAUACACCUUUAAUACCAAAGUAUAAUGAAGUAACAGGAAACCCUGCCCAACAUAGCAAGAGGUUAAAAGGUGUAAAAAUGAUGUGUGAGAUUUUCAAAAAUAUCAUGACUGGCAUUGCCACAUUAGAUAUGUGAUAAAUUUCUAUGGUUUACAUUACUUUUGGUCCACCUUACUUUGAUUUACUAUUCAGUAUAAAUCAAUGUUAGUUUGAUUCAUAUGUCUUCAUAGAACAACUACAUAAAUACAUCAUAUAUAUAUAUAAGCUCUAAAAAGUCUAAGUCCAUUUUAAGAAGAAAAAAAACUCAUCUGUAUAAUGAAUCAUAUUUUCUAAAUUUUGCAUUCCUAGUCAGUUAAAUUUUUUCAAGGCUAUCCAUUUUCAAACAAAAAGUAGCCAAAAGUUAAUUACAAAUCUAGUACUUAAAAUAUAUUGUUUAUACGAACAUUUAUAAUUUUAAGUAAGUGCAUGUCAUCAGUAUUACACAUCUAACAACAUACAUAUGACCCCUGUUUUUUAAUGAAUCCUAACACAUUCAUCAGUUUCUAAUGAACAUUACACUUGGUGGAAAUUCUCAGUACUGUUUUAAGAAGU